GAUCAGACGACGAAAAAAAAAGAAUUUUUUUUCUUUGUAUGUUCUGUAAAUAUUCUAUUAGUAGAGACGGAUUUUUAAUAUGAUUUGUAAAGCAUCGUCAAAUCGACUUUGAAUAAUGCUACCAUGGGUAACCGAAAAUAACAGAUUAUGAUUUGUUGCACUAUUUCUGCACUUGUGCAGAUGACUAAUAAUAUUAUUCAGUAUAAAAAAACAAGAUGAUUAAUCUUGUCAUACAUAUUAAUGUUGUGUAAAUAGCUCUACUAGAUUUUAAAAUAUACGAGGUAGCAUAGGCUUCUACUUCUCUCUGUUCUUUUUUAUACUGUUUACUUAGGCGCAAAACAUAUAGAGAGACAUAUAUAGAUAUACAUAUUACUAAAAACUUUUUUUUACUUUUCUUUUUUUUUAUUUCUUUAUAGCAGUAAAUAAAUUUGGUGUACAAAUAUUUCCUUUUUUUUCUCUCUCUCUUACUAAUGGAGACUUGUCGAUAUAUAUAAAUACACCAUCAUUAACAAAUAGUCAGUAUAAAACUUUUAAAACAGUAAAAUUUAUAAAACUCUUUGAUAUUUUCUAAUUUCGUUCAACGUUUCAUAAUUUUUUGAAAAUGGGAAACAAAGGUAAUGCACCUGCAAUAAUCAAACAGCUUGCUGUAAUGCUGUGAGAGACUGACGCUAUAGUCACUGAGAAAUACUGUUGGUAGCAGUAUUCUCUGUUAAAGCGUUGACGUCUUCCAGUUUUAUAACAGCUGUGGGAAAGAAGAAUUGUAACAGUUUUGUUUUAUAAAAAAUUUCAAAGCUGACAAAAAAUCUCGUACAUCAACCGAAUUAACACCAAGAGAAAUUCAGAUGUUAAAAGCAAACACAAAAUACACGGAAAAAGAAAUUCGUGAAUGGCACGCUGGAUUUUUACGCGAUUGUCCAACUGGCAAACUAGACAAAAAGAAAUUUGUGGAAGUUUACAAACAGUUUUAUCCACAAGGAAAAGCUGAUACGUUUUGUAAAUAUGCGUUUAAUACAUUCGAUCAAAAUAAUGAUGGUUCAAUUGAUUUUGAUGAAUUUUUAUUGGCUAUUGCUGCCACCAGUCAAGGUAAUCUUGACGAACGUCUCGAAGUUGCGUUUGAAAUGUACGAUAUAAGCGGUGAUGGUCAAAUUGAUUCAAAAGAAUUAGCUAAUUUGAUAUCAGCAAUGUAUGAUUUGGUUGGAGAAACUGAUCGUAAAGGCGAUCGAGAUCCAAAAAAACGUGCCACUGAAAUUAUUGGUAAAUUGGAUGUUUCAGGAGAUAAAAAAUUGAACAAACAGGAAUUUAUUGCUGGUUGCAAAAAUGAUCCUGUCAUUAAACACAUGUUAGCACCGAAUGUUUAA